AUGCAGCCGCCCGCUGUUGCCACACCUCCAGCCAGGGUUGCAUCACUCCCCAUCAUUCUCCGGAAAAAUGACAGCCUUGUCCUCGCCGCCUUCUCCGAAGAGCAGCGCACGCUGACGGAGGUAGAGAGCACACUUAUGACUGGCGACUACCGCGAGUGUGAGGUGAGAUUUAAUCCCGUGACUAGGACCGCCUUCGCCCAUGCUACGACGACGCACGUGCGAUACAGCGAGUUGGUGCCAACGCACGAUGCAACUGCAUGGGGGCUGAAGCUGCUCUUUGAGGUGGAGGAGCGGAACGUCGUGGCACUGUCGUUCUCGACACUUGGCACAGUACUCGUGACAUACGCUAUGAUGGACAGCAAGCGGCCGGAGGGAAACAUGUCACUCUACGAUGUUUCUACAGGAAAACUGCUUCGCCGCUGCGUGCAGGCCCGCUGGCCUGGCAUGGUGUGGUCAAGUGAGGAAUUGUAUUGCGUUCGCCCGGUGCAGGGGUUUCUCCACGUGAUGGACGGCAACCUCCGCCGGGAGGAUGUGCCGGUGCUCGCAAAGAUGGAUCUCCAUCUGCCGCAAGACAAGGAGAUUGAGUUGUCAAUGUGCCCAGGCAGCCUCCCCCUUCUCGCCCUUUUUAAACCCUUCCACAAACAAGCACAGGGCACUCUGUUCAUCUACCGACUCCCUCAUCUCUUGGAGGGGGCGAUGUAUCAGGUGCCAUUUGGGCGUGCAGAGUCGGCAACAGUGCUUUGGAGCGGGUCUGGAAACCACAUGGCGCUCCUGGUCAAAUCUGAGAGUGACAAGAGCGGUAAGAGCUACUACGGCACCGUGACGUUUUUCCUCGUCAAUGUCACCGGUCGCAGUGUAAAGGAGAUCAAGUUCCCUAGUGGAGAGUCUGUGCAUGACUGCCAGUGGAGUCCGACCACGGAUCACGUCAUGGUGAUCCACGGCACAAUGCCACGCAACAAGACGACAAUGUACGACAAGGCCGGCGUGGCGCUUAUGACGUUUGACGAGGCGCCUCGAAACGUUAUUCUUUGGGCGCCGAAUGGCCGUUUUUGUGCACUGGGUGGCACAGGAAAUCUUGCGGGCGAUUUCAUAUUUUAUGACCUGCACCCUGCAGAGGGAAAUGACAGGAGCAUUAAAAAUAACCACGGUGAUAAAAACAAAACGGCGCCUACGACGACAAAUUCAGCAGCAGCAGCGACGGCGGCGGUAAUGGUGGGUGAGUUUAAUGAGAAGAGCAGCGUGCAGAUGUGGGCCCCCGAUUCGCGUAACUUCCUCUGCGCCACCGUUUUCACCCGUCUACGCAUUGACAACAAGCUCGUUUUCUUCAAAAAUAAUGGUGAGCACCUCAUGACGCAGAAGUAUCCCUUCCUCUAUGGCGCGCACUGGGUGCAAGCGCAAGAGACAAACUUGUACCCGCAGCGCCCGGCGUCGCCGCGCAGGGAGACGGAUAAACCCUCCAAGCCGCAACCGUACAGACCCCCUCAUGCAAGUGCGGCUGCCGCGGCACUUUUACGCCGGCCAGACUCCUCUACGCCUAAGCAGGGGAAACCCGCAGGUCCUCUCGGUGCUACAGUUGUAGUGCAGAAAAAGAAGAAGCGGUAA